CGUUAACGAAAUCCCUUCAGUAAGCAGCUCCCGAAACGGAGAGAACAUUUCACACUUUGAGAUACAGCUGGAAGAAACCGGAAAGCAGGCCCCGAAAGCAGCAUGGCCAAGCAGGAGGAGCCCAUCAUGGAUGGGCCCAAGCGGAUGCAGAAGGAGCUUAAGCUCAUGAUAGAGGAUACGAAGCUGCCGCAGCUCCGCUGCCUGGAGGUGGAGCCCAAUAACAUAUUCAAGUGGUACGGCCUGCUGAUGCCCGUCAGUCCGCCGUACGACAAGGGGGCCUACAAGCUGGAGAUCGACUUCCCGCAGCAGUAUCCGUUCAAGCCGCCGCGGCUCCACAUCAACACCAAGAUCUACCAUCCGAAUGUGAACGAGCGCGGACAGGUGUGCCUGCCGAUACUCGAGACCGAGCACUGGCUGCCCACCUCCCGCAUCGAGUCGGUGCUCAACUGCCUGCUGGCCACCAUCAACGACCCGCAGCCGGACAAUGCCUGGAGCAUGGACAUGGCCAACGAGUAUCGGAACGAUCACAAGAAGUUCUUCAAGAUAGCCGACGCCUGGGUGGACCGCUACAGCGAGCAUCGGCCCACCGAUGCCGAGCUGAAGGCGUUCGAUCGCAAACGGAAGAAGGCAAUGCAGAAAAAUUAGUUGGCAGGGAACCCGGGGGAGGGGGGCCUAAAAUCUGGACUUUUUUGCCAUCGAUAGUUAUCGAAAAAUAUACCAAAUUAUCUAAAUUAUCGAAAA